AGGUGCACUGGUGAAGGUUAUGGUGGGUGGGAGGCGUCGCCGGUCCUAUAUAAGGUCGUGCACACCCUUCCUCGGCAUCACUCUAGCUUCACUCCUCAACAAAACAACAACUUUUACAACCAUGCGUUUCCUCUCAGUACUGACGGUGUUGGCCGUGAUGGUGGCCGUUGCCUAUGGUGCUCCCGGCAUCAUCUAUAGACGAGGCUAUGGCGGUGGUCUUGGAGGCUUCGGUGGUGGAUUCGGCGGUGGUCUUGGAGGAUUUGGCGGCGGUCUGGGUGGAUUCGGCGGUGGUCUUGGAGGCUUCGGUGGUGGCCUAGGCGGAUUCGGCGGUGGACUUGGAGGAUUUGGCGGUGGUUUCGGUGGAUAUGGCCGCCGGUAUGGCUACGGCUAUGGAAGGUGAAGCUCCCGGCUCCUGUAAAUGACUGGAUCUGACCUCAGAUGUCGUCACUGAUUCAUGACCAUUAUUUUGUAAAUAUAAUACCUUUACAUAAA